AUGGAGGGAGAUACUGGGUCAGGGUUUGGCCCUGUGAAGUUGGCCACCAAGGAUAUAGUGUACCUGUCCAUCGUGGGGCCGCUCAUGCUGGCAGCUUUCUUUGAGUGGAUACUAUGGCUUGCAGCAUUCGUCUACUGCCUAAUCAAGGUCUACCAGAAGGCCGAUCAUUGGAGUAUACGGGUACUUGCGGUGGUGAUGGCGGUUCUUUUCACCUUGUUGCGCUUGGCCUUUCUUCCCGUGAUGAUUGUGACACUGCCUCUUCCAAGCCAAGUGUCCCGGCAUCUUCCUCCUCGUGCUGUCUACUUCUUUCAGUGGUUUGCAUUCUGGUCAUUUUCGAUUCUUCUCAUCGGGCCAUGGCUCAUGUGUGUGUACCGACUCGUCACCAGCUCGCUAGGGAGGAGAAAGAUAGUCAAAAACGAUUUGGAUGAGCGUACUGCCCCGAAGACCGUCGUUGUAAUGCCGGCUUACAAAGAGGAGCCCGACGUUCUGAUCAAGGCAAUCGACUCCGUGGUGGAUUGUGACUAUCCCGCUGGUUGCAUCCAUGUCUUUCUGUCUUAUGACGGCGGUGGAGUGGAUGAGCCAUACCUGCAGGUGAUUCAACAUCUUGGGAUCCCCGUGUCUCUGCAAGAAUAUCCCUCAAGUAUCGACGUGGUAUACAAGGGGGCCCGAGUUACGGUCUCGCGUUUCCCUCAUGGAGGAAAGAGAAAAUGCCAGAAGAACACGUUCAAGCUGAUCAACAAUGUCUAUUCCAAGUACAUAAAGCGACAUGACGAUCUUUUUGUAUUGUUCAUCGACUCCGACUGCAUCCUCGACCGGGUGUGCCUCCAGAAUUUCAUGUAUGACAUGGAGCUGAAGCCGGGGAGCAAGCACACCAUGCUGGCCAUGACGGGCAUCAUUACUUCUACCACGAAGAAGAACAACCUUAUCACGGUCCUUCAGGAUAUGGAAUACAUACAUGGACAACUCUUUGAGCGCUCUGUCGAAUCUGGCUGUGGGUCUGUGACGUGCCUCCCGGGGGCCUUGACCAUCCUGCGCUUCUCUGCCUUUCGCAAGAUGGCCAAGUAUUACUUUUCCGACAAGGCUGAGCAAUGCGAUGAUCUCUUUGAUUUUGGAAAAUGCCAUCUCGGCGAAGAUCGGUGGCUCACCCAUCUGUUCAUGAUUGGUGCCAAGAGACCGUAUCAGAUACAGAUGUGUAUGGGUGCCUUUUGCAAGACCGAGGCUGUGCAGACUUUCAGCAGUCUACUGAAACAGCGACGUCGAUGGUUUUUAGGGUAUAUCACCAACGAAGUGUGCAUGAUCACUGAUGUCCGACUCUGGAAACGCUACCCGCUGCUGUGUUUGGUUCGCUUCAUGCAAAAUAGUAUCCGGACCACGGCUCUACUGUUUUUCAUCCUGGCCAUUUCUCUCAUGACAACUUCGAAGAAAGUGGCAGAUCUUCCCAUCGGUUUCAUUGGGGUCUCUCUUGGGCUGAACUAUCUGCUCAUGUUUUACUUCGGCCUCCAGCUCAAGCGAUUCAAGGCCUGGCUAUACCCGCUGAUGUUCGUUCUCAACCCUUUCUUCAACUGGACAUACAUGAUUUAUGGGAUAUUCACCGCUGGACAGCGCACCUGGGGUGGGCCACGUGUCGAUGCCGCCACCGCUGAUGAUCAUACAACCCCCGCUGAGGCGAUUGAGCAGGCCAAGGCACAAGGCGACGAAUUCAAUGUCGACGUAAACACCUUUCGCACCAGUCUCAUACGCCGAAGGUCCGUCCCAGUUCGCCCUUCGCAGAACGUCGAAGGGCGCUUCACGCCCGCUGAGCAACUUCUCGACGGCUUCUAUGUCAGCACCAACGAGCCCGGCCCAUCUCGGGCGCAGUUCUCGGGCCCUCUGCCAGAUGAUCCUUCGGUUUACUUUCCUCCUCAUGUGUUUCGCAACUCGGUGGAGUCGGUGUUCAGUGGGUCUUCAGAUGCUGGCUCUAAUUCAAUUUCGCUGCCACAUAAUGUGGAGAGCCUCAUGAGUGAGGAAGACCAACGAAAGCUCUACUACGCCCGUCAAGCUCGAGCAUCAGGCGGCUCGCCAAAAUCUGGAGAGGAGGAUAAGAUGCAUUUCGGGAAGGCAGGCCGUGGCGAGAUACAUUCCACUCCUCUGGGGCCUAUUAUUGUGAACUCGAACAAUGUUGAUACGGGCGCCGCCAAGUCAUUCGAUCACCGGGAUGAUUCUGCCUUGAAGUGUCAGUCAUUUGCUCGGCCCCCUGAUUCUAUUUUGAGUGACCGGGGUCUCCGAUGGAACUCCCAAGGAGCAAGGACAGCAAUGGAAGGGAGCGGAGAAGUUCUAGGAAGGUCAGUGAGCUUUGCUACACUCGGUGAGAUGGUGUAG